GUUGUUAAAUAGAUGCUUUAGCUCAAGUUUUUGAAAUCACCAAACUACAAGCUGUUAACUUAAGUGUUAGCCUUUUAUAGAGUAUUUUCUCUGCUACUGCAACUCAUUUUUUGAUCAUCCAAAUGGCUAGCUUUGAAGGACACUCUAAAUGGAGCACUGGUUUAUGUGGAUGCUGUGAAGAUCCCUGCGUUUGUCUAAUUACUUGGUGUUUUCCAUGUAUUACCUUCGGCCAGAAUGUAGAGAUCAUUGAUAAAAAAGCCACAUCUUGUGCCUGUGCGGGGUUGAUUUUUUGUGCCCUUUCCUUUGUGGGGGUUCCAUGUUUGUACUCCUUUACAUAUCGAAGAAAGCUAAGAAACAAUUAUUCAUUGCCAAGAGAAGCUUGUGAAGAUUGCUGCAUUCAUUGGUGAUGUCUCCAUUGUGCUAUUUGUCAAGAGUACCGAGAGCUUAAGAAUCGUGGACUUGACCCUUCCAAAGGUUGGGCAGCGAAUGCUGAGAAAAUGAACAAAGGGGAAGCCACGGCACCUCCAGUUGUUGCACAAGGUAUGCCUCGUUAGGAUUCAUAAGGCUCAUGAUAUUCUUAAAUAAUAAUUUUUACUAUAAAGUUAUUGCAGUGUAAUAAUGUAUUGUAGAUUGUUAAUCUUUCUUGUAUUGCUAUUUGAACUUCUAGUGUUAUAAUAAGGUCUUGGAUUGUUCUCGUUACUAUAGAGUCAUUGCAGGGUAAUAAUGUAUCAUGAACUAUGUAAUGAACCUCCAAUUACAAGAUAGGAGAGGAUUGUGAUUUUGAUUUUGCUUAUUAUGAAUUUGAGUUGGGUGGGCUAUGAUUGUGUGUUA